GGUUUGCGAUGUGUUCACAGCGAUGUGUCAAGGGUGAGCGUUCACAGGCCAGCCGCUAGGGCUGUGUCGUAGCCCCCAGGUUGAAGCGUGCCAAGUUACGGCUACCUUCCCACACCUUGAUGAUGAGCCGGGUACCACUUGGGCUGUCGCUAUUUCUUUUGCGCGGGACCGGGUGCAUAUGACGUCCCCUGCAUCAGCAGCCGUGCGCGUCUCCUCCGGCGCCUCGCUGCCGUUGCCACCGCCGGGCCGCCGCGGCGCCACCGGCUUUGCGUCCGUGAACUCACCGCUUCUGGUGCCGCAGCGGCUGCCGGAAGCAGGCCCCAGCCGGUUUCGCUCCGACUCCUGCUCCUGCUGGGCCGCCGCCGCACGCGCCGCCGACUCUCCCGCAUCAAAUCGCAAGGUAUAGCAGACUUCUGGUCUAGGUUACAACCGUAUGUGUAUCUUGGUGCAAAACCGAGGGGGUGGGACCGAGUCUCGCCAAGCCACCCUUGGAUUGAGCGAAGAGCAGAUGGAAGUAUGAAGCUGAACAGACCACGAAUUGUCAUAAUGGAAGAGGAGGUGGAGUGAUGGCACCUAGUAACAUGUUCAGUAUGGCGGGAGGAGCGUCUUAUGGGAGCAAGCCUACUACAGCUAGAGUAGGCCGUUGCAGGCGGCACGCCCCUGGGGUCCAGAGCAGGGUGUUCGUUCUCCACGUCACUGGCUCGUGAACUGCGUCAGCAGGUCCCUCUUGUAACCAAUGCAAUCU